AUGGCUUCUUCGGAUGACGAAGGUGAAGCACCACCACGUUCUGUAGGAAUCUACGAAUUUGUGGAUGGUGAGGAUGAACCCAUUUCAUUUUCGGAGUUACCAAUUCAGUGGAAGAAAGUUGAGACUUCAGAUGGGAAGCAAAAGCAGAUCUUCUUACGUGGGUCUUUUGAUAAAGGACUUCAGAAAAUCUAUAAGCAGGUUGUAGCUUGGAAGUUUGAUCUUUCUAAUGAGAAGCCUGAGAUUUCGGUGUUAACGAAAGAGAAUUACUGGAUCAGGCUUCUGAAUCCAAGGAAGGCUUUUGAGAAUAUAAUUAGGACGAUCUUAAUCACGGUGCACUGCCUACAUCUUGUGAAAAGGAAUCCAGGAACGUCCCACAAAGCUUUGUGGGAUCAUUUGGGUAAAGUCUUCAGCUUGUUUGAGCCCAGGCCUUCUGAAAAUGAUCUUGUAGACCACGUUUCUUUAAUUGAUGAAGCUGUUAAGAGAGAUGCAACAUUGGCAAAAUCAAAGCUUUUAGUUGAAUUUCUCGAGAAGCCUACUAAGAGGAAAGCAUUUAAUGAGGACAUUGGAACCGCAUCAAAGUCCGAUUUUAUCGUCUACGAUGAUAUGAUUGGUGAAAAUGAAGAUGAUAUGUCUGAUGAAGAAGAUAACUGUUUUGACACGGUAUGUGCAAUUUGUGACAAUGGUGGAACUCUUUUGUGUUGUGAGGGGAAAUGCAUAAGGUCAUUUCACCCUACUGUUGAGGAUGGUGCUGAUUCUGAAUGUUCGUCUCUUGGCUAUACCCAUGGAGAAAUGGAGGCAAUGAAAAACAUUGAUUUUUAUUGUAAGAAUUGCGAGUAUAAGCAGCACCAGUGCUUUGCUUGUGGGGAAUUGGGGUCUUCUGAUGAAUCAUUUGGUGCUGAGGUCUUUCGUUGUGUUAAUGGAGCUUGUGGGCACUUUUAUCAUCCCAGUUGUGUAGCAAAACUUCUCCAUAAGGGAAAUGAAGCUGCAGCAGCAGAACUCCAAAGAAAGAUCGCUACUGGGGAACAAUUUGCAUGCCCCCUUCACAAAUGCCACGUCUGUAAGGAAUUAGAAGUAAAGUCUGAUCGUAAAUUGCAGUUUGCUGUAUGUAGGCGUUGUCCUAGGGCAUAUCAUAGAAAAUGUUUGCCAAGUGAGAUUGCAUUCGAAGAUGAGAAUGAAGACAUUAUACAAAGGGCUUGGGAGGGUCUUAUACCGAACCGUAUAUUGAUUUACUGCUUGGAACAUGAUAUCGACGAAGAUCUUUGUACCCCGGUUCGAAAUCAUAUAAAAUUCCCUGGUUAUGAGCAAAACAAUAAGAAAAAGCAACCAUUAGAAGCAUACGACAAGCAGAAAGAAGUGACAAAGCAAAGAAAUUUAGCUUUAGAAGAUGCUGUUGGGAAGAAAAGUGCUGCAAAACCGUCAAAAGGGGUUGAAAACUUAUCUUCAGCAGUAAAACAGGGCUAUCUUUCACAAAAGAGAGGGGAUAAAUUGUCUGGACAAUUGUCUUUCAAAAAACAGAAAGUGGCUUCAAACGACAGUUGUCGGGAGAAACCAAAUGAAUCUUUGGGGGAGCAGUUAUUUGCCAGGUUUUACAGUACAGAUUCGGACUCAGUUAAGUCAAGGCAGGUGGAAAGAGUUGAUGGUGAAGAGGAGUUAAGUCCGAAGUUUAAGCCUAAAGGAACAAACAAUUUGUUGAACCUUGAUGCCGAAGCAAAGAAAAGAAUAUUGGCUAUGAUGAAAGAUGCUUCAUCCUCAGUAACUCUUAAAGAAAUUAUAUAUAAGCAUAAAGCACCAUCAACACAUAUCCAUUCUUCAAAGUAUGCAGUAGACAAGAAUGUAACCUUGGGGAAGGUUGAGGGUUCAGUUGAGGCUGUACGUGCAGCUUUGCAAAAAGUGGAAGCAGGCUGUGUUACAGAUGCAAAAUCCGUUUGUGGAACUGAUCUGCUCUACCAAGUGAUGAAAUGGAAGGACAAGCUUAAAGUUUAUCUUUCUCCAUUUCUCUAUGGCAUGAGGUACACGUCCUUUGGUCGCCACUUCACCAAAUUGGACAAGCUUAAAGAGGCAAUUGAUAUUCUCCAUUGGUAUGUUAAAGACGGUGACAUGGUUGUUGACUUUUGUUGCGGUUCGAACGAUUUUAGCUGCCUUAUGAAAGAGAAGCUUUAUGAGAUGGGAAAGAUCUGUUCUUACAGGAACUAUGACAUUGUACAGGCAAAGAAUGAUUUCAAUUUUGAGAAGAGGGAUUGGAUGGAAGUCCAACCAAAAGAGUUGCCGCCAGGGUCGAAAUUGAUCAUGGGGCUGAACCCUCCCUUCGGAGUUAAUGCAAGUCUUGCAAACAAAUUUAUCAAUAAAGCUCUCGAGUUUAAACCAAAACUUCUAAUCCUUAUUGUGCCACAGGAGACACAACGAUUGGAUAAAAAGGACUUUCCAUAUGAUCUGAUUUGGGAGAAUGAUCAAAUGCUGGUGGGCAAAUCCUUUUAUUUGCCUGGAUCUGUUGAUGUAAAUGACAAACAAAUGGAGGAUUGGAAUGUGAAUGCACCACUACUAUACCUUUGGAGUCAUCCAGAUUGGACACCUAAACACAAGGAUAUUGCUCAAGAAUAUGGGCACUUGUCCAAGGAUCAAAAGAAGUCAUCCUUGCAGGAACCCCUGUUAGAGAAUGUCUCUGAUGCUCCAGGGGAACGGAAUAAUCUAGAUGAAUAUCCUGUGCUCCUGGGUGAUGAUAGGAAUCUGGGUGAUAGACGAGAACACCAGGAACAAGAAGCAAGGGUGACUACAAGUCACAAUGAAGAAUUGCCACAUGACAUCUCCGUCACUGAAGGGGAUAGGAAUCGUGGGCACCAGAAGAAUCAAUCUGAAGGAAAUUCAGAGGAGUUUUGUGGCAAAAGUAAAAGGAAAAGGAAAAGAAGACAGGCUAUGUCUCUGGAGGACAAAUCCACUGGCAAGCAUUCUGUCUCCUGCCAGCCUUACCCUAACGUGGAUGGUGGCAGAUUAUCUGAUCACCGUUCAACGAAAUCUCAUGAAAGACACUCUCACAUGGAUGUUGGGAUGGAAGAUGACAAGCAUUCUGGGAAUAGUAGCUUCUCUGUAUCACACUCCUACUCACAAACAAGACAUGGUGAAACUCUGGAUGAUGAUUUGGUUAGGAAGUACCUGUUGCAUAGUGAGGAGCCUUAUCCGAGUUUGACCAACAGGCGGUCCCACACUCCUAAUCCUGAAUACGGGUUUAGGACCUCAGAUCCAUCACUGGGCUAUCCAAGAGGGACCACAGACAUCCAUGGUUAUAGAUCCUAUGAGAUGGAGAAGUAUGGGAGGGAUGUAACUAUCCAUUCAAAUGUAAAUCUGCUUGGAAGACGUGAUCAUCCUCAUUCUUGGACUCCAAAUUAUACACCCAACCCUGGUCCUGGGUAUCAUCCUACAUAUGGACAACCAGUUCCAUCAGGUAACUCCACUUAUGGUGGUAUGAAUACCUCUACGAUGCAACGAUAUGCUCCUCGACUGGAUGAGCUAAACCAUGGAAGGAUUAAUCAUGUGAGGUCAGGACUGCCUUUGCCAGAUAUGAGUGGUGUAUUCCGUCCUCCAGUUCCAAGGCCUGGAUCAUUAGGCUUUGUUCCUGGACCUCAUCACCCGUUUCCUGAGCAGAAUUCUUCAGGUUGGCUUAAUGAGUAG